AUGUCUACGGUCGCUAAGCGGAAGGGUGCGGAGUUGUCGUCGGGCGAGGCGAAGAAGACUCGGCCGUUGACGGCUUUUUUUAAGCCUGCGACGGCUAAAGCUGAGGUUUCCUUCUCUUCCUCUUCUACCUCCUCAUCUUCUACCUCCUCUACCCCACCCUCUACACCCUCCACUACUCCUACACCCUUCGACAGAGAAAAAUGGAGUGCCAGUCUCACUCCCGAACAGCGCGACCUGCUAGACCUCGAAAUCAACACAAUGCACCCCUCCUGGCUCGCCGCCCUCCACAAAGAACUCACGCAGCCCUACUUCCUCUCCCUCAAGAAAUUCCUCCUCUCCGAAGACACUUCCCACCAAAAAAUCCUCCCACCCGCGCGCGACGUGUACGCCUGGUCGCGCCUCACGCCGCUGGACGCGGUCAAAGUCGUCGUCCUCGGUCAGGACCCAUACCACAACUUCAACCAAGCCCACGGUCUCGCAUUCUCCGUGCUCGCGCCGACGCCGCCGCCCCCCUCGCUGCGCAAUAUCUACAAGUGCCUCGCGAUCGACUACCCGGAGUUUAAACCCCCUGGCGGGGGCAAGGCCGGCGACCUCACUAAAUGGGCCGAGCGGGGGGUGUUGUUGCUAAACACUUGCUUGACCGUCAGGGCGCAUAACGCGAAUAGCCACGCGGGGAAGGGGUGGGAGAGGUUUACCGAGAAAGUGAUCUCCGUCGUUGCCGAGCAGAGGUCGCGCGGCAUCGUGUUUCUGGCGUGGGGCAAUCCUGCCGCGAAGCGCGUCGAGCGCAUCAACACAAAAACGCACUGUGUGCUCAAAUCAGUGCAUCCGAGUCCGCUGUCGGCGUCGCGCGGGUUCUUUGACUGCGCACACUUCAAAAAGACAAACGAGUGGCUCAGCGAUCAUUACGGCGAGGACUCUGUCAUUGACUGGAAUCUGUAG